AAGACAUGGCAGCCUGCUUUGUGUUAGCCGUUCAACAUAGGCUUUAGUCUUCCUUUAUUCUGAACAAUAUUUGUGGAAAUUAAAUACGAAUUUAUAUGAUUUGCGCACAAGACUUUUAUUAACUAUGAUACCGACGGUUGUUUGUGUUUUUUUCCUCUAUAAGAAGAAGGAAUAGUCAGAUAAUCGUCGUUUUAUCGCUUGCCAUAUUGUUGCUAGCUUUGGUGCUAUUGAAAAGGGGAUUAGGUAGCUAGUUAGCUGUAUUAUACUGAGCCUCAAUGCCCGAGCAAGGCCCUAGGAUGAAUGGUUUCUCUAUCGGCGAGCUAUGUUGGCUAUUUUGUUGCCCGCCCUGCCCGAGUCGCAUCGCUGCUAAACUAGCCUUUCUCCCCCCGGAGCCCACAUACACGGUGCAGAACCAUACAGACGGGACCUGUAGCCUUCAUUUGAAUGAGCGUGCAGACUGGCAGUACUCCCAGCGUGAAUUGGAUGCGGUCGAGGUGUUUUAUACCAGAACAAGCCGAGGGAAUCGAGUCGGGUGCAUGUUUGUGCGCUGCGCCCCAAACAGCCGGUAUACCCUGCUGUUUUCCCACGGGAAUGCAGUGGACCUCGGUCAGAUGUGCAGCUUCUACAUCGGCCUGGGCUCGAGGAUCAACUGCAACGUCUUCUCGUACGAUUAUUCGGGUUACGGGGUCAGCACCGGGAAACCAUCGGAAAAGAAUCUGUAUGCUGAUAUUGAAGCAGCCUGGCAGGUCCUUAGGACGAAGUACGGCGUGACGCCGGAGACAGUGAUCCUGUACGGGCAGAGCAUCGGCACGGUGCCCACGGUGGACCUGGCCGCGCGCUACGAGUGUGCCGCCGUCAUCCUGCACUCCCCGCUCAUGUCCGGCCUCAGGGUGGCCUUCCCGGACACCCGGAAAACCUACUGCUUCGAUGCCUUUCCCAGCAUCGACAAGGUGUCCAAGGUGGCCUCCCCGGUCCUGGUGAUCCACGGCACGGAGGACGAGGUGAUCGACUUCUCCCACGGCCUGGCCAUCUACGAGCGCUGCCCCCGACCCGUGGAGCCGCUGUGGGUGGAGGGAGCCGGGCACAACGACAUCGAGCUCUACGCCCAGUACCUGGAGCGGCUAAAGCAGUUCAUCUCCUUCGAGCUGCCCAACUCCUGAAGCCGCUCCAGACCGAGGACGGGGUGGCGUGGGAGGAGAGGCCAAGCAGCACAUAUGCGGACAGGUCCCCUUUGAUCAGGAGCCAGGGACCUAACCCCUAUUUGCACUUGCUUUUGAUUCUAGAUUCUUCUCAGCCUACAUGACUGAUAUUGUUACUGACCAUGUAAGCCAAACUAUGGCUUGGGGAGGACCUAGUGGUUUUAAAUGUGAUUGCAUUCUUUUGUACUUAAUGAAGAAAUGUUUUGCACCUCAAGUAAUUAUUAGUUGUUUUUUUUGUUUUUUUUGUUGUUGUCUUUUGUUUGUAUUGUAUUCUUUGCUGGUUCAGGUCCUUGAAGGUAAUUAAACUGACUUGCAUUUCUGGUGCAGAUGUUUGUUUGGAAGUAAUCACUAUUUUUAUGUUCUGAUGUUAUUGAACCGGUUUUGUUUUUGUACAUUUUGAUUAUGUUUUUUGAUUUUUUUUUGCAUUCCACGAUUUGAACUGUGGAGUCUUAUCAGGCCAGUGUUUCUGGAGAAACUGCAAACUGCAACUGCUCUUACCCAGGCACGUUUAAGACCCAGGGAACACUCCUUAAUGUACAAAGCCCUUAUCUGUUAUAUCGUAAACUGUAAAUGUUGUGCUUUUAGUACAUUUUGACAUAAUUAAUUUAACACUAAAAUGUACUGUACAGGACAUGUUAUGGGGAAUGAGGAAAGGAAUAAUUUUCAUGGAGCAUGGUGCUUUCAGUGUUUUAAAGUGAGUAGAGUAGUGUCCCUGCAUAUAUGCGUCUGCUCAGAUGGUUUCAUCAAGCAGUAACGGGGGAGUGGGGGGUAACCUAAACAAUGUGUAAAUUUAUGCUUUAAAGUUAAAUACAGACACUACAGAAAAGACCUCAUGUCUUUUGAUGGUGUGUUUGAACAUUCCUUUCAGGUGUAGAAGGUAUGGAAUCAUUAUGAUUCACGAGAGUGCUGCUAACUGCUGCUCUUUUUCGAAAAAUCACUGUGAAUCUAAACUGGAUCAUACUGUAUCUGGAGCAUUGGAGUACAUUUCAACACUACUGGGAUAUAGGCCUAUCAAACUGAGACAUUUUCUCCUGCUUUUUGAUAAAUCUCUGCAGCUGAUAGGUACUUGCUCUGGCCCCAACAAAUUAAUGUCAUUUUCCGUCACUGUAGACCACGGACAUGUCGUCAGUAUCAUUUUGUCACAAGUAGGAAAAUAUGUGAUUAAUGGAGUAUUACAUAUUUAGUCAAAUACAUUCAUGAAAACUAAUCAUGCUUGAUGCCAAAUUUAAUUCAUUUUCACCAUUAUACUGUAAUAUACUUCUUAAGGAGGCUUGUUGUCAAAAUUGCACCUGUAGUACAGCUACAUACAAUAACAUUAACAACAUUAUCCUCACAUUAAAAUCUUUCCCCAUCUGUAUCGAAAAUCAAGACCAUUCUUUGUAUUAUUAUUUUCUAACAUUCGCCAGAUUUGUUCAAUGGCGAUACAGUUAUGACAUAUCCUUCUUAGAAAAGUUGGGGUUGGUGUAAAGGCUUGUCACUGCGGUAUUAAUUUAAUGUGAAGGAUUUUGCAAUAUAUCCAGCAGUUUUUUUUUUUCAUUCACGGUGUUGCAGUAAGGCAGUGUCAGAAGGCAUCCCUUGUAGCAUUAAUGAAUGGCUUUUCUUUCACAGUGUCUGUCCUCCUUGUUUGAAGGCUGUAGAAUUCUUAGCCCUUAUUUUUGGAACCAAAGGGCUUGUCUCUUGUGUUUGUAGCUCAAACUCUAAUUUUGUUCUUUUCCUCUUUUUUUAAGAAAAGCAGGGCAAAACAAAGCAGGUUUUUGUUAGCUGUUUCUAGUCCCCAUAUUCUUUUGAUACUGACGUUUUUUUACAGUGUUUUUUUCAGUAAUUGUUAAUAAAUUUACACAUUUGUUUAAUGCUGAUUUGUAAUAAACUUAUGUAUCUAUCUCUAAAUAUAUAUGAAAUGUGAUUUAAGGUAUUUUAGCCUACUUGAUUUUGCCACUGGAAUCACAGUAUGCAUAAAUAAUGCAAAAUACUUAAUCGGUACACAGUAGUGUAGAUUUUGCUAAAAUCAAAAAGCCUUAACUUAAUAUACUGAAAGACUGAGAUUGAUGUAAUUGUGUGUUGUAAUGUUUUGUUGCUUUAACGCAACGCAGUGAAUGUCAUAAAGAUUACAAUGGAAUAAAGGAUGCAUGGAAGUACCAAAA